UUAUUGUUGAGUGAGGCGUUGGAGCUCAUUCGGUCAGUGGUCACCGUCAGUCAGUGUCAGGCUGAGUUGUUGGAAGUUGAAGAUCAUUGUAAAGAGAACGUAUUCAAAGCCUUCCUGCACGGUUGCACCUGCUGUAUCUUGCUGCACGAAAAGUCGAUCAUAAUUUUUAUUUUAAAAUGAGCAAUAGGUUUAUUAGCGAGUCUGAUAUUGAGGCAAAGAAGAAGAUUCUCAAAGAAGCAUGGAAUCUCACAAAGAGAGAAGGGGACCCUGAGGAGCCUCCUGAAGAGCCGCCAGUAGACAACCGUACCCUAUAUCACAGACUAGAGGAACAAAGACUUAGGAAACAAGAGGAAUAUGAAGAUGCACACAGGCUGAAAAAUAUGGUUCGAGGCUUGGAAGAUGAUGAAAUAGAGUUUCUUGAAAUGGUUGACCGUACCAAAAUGGAGCAGGAAAAAAAAGUGAGAGAUGAAGAGAGUUCUGCUCUGUCUGACUUCAGGAAAAGACGUGCUGAAAUUGAGAUGGCUCGUGCAUCAGAAUUGGUUUCUGCAGUUACUCAUUCAUCUUCAGGAACAUCUUCCAGGAACAAAACUAACUCACAGAAAUCAUUGUUGAGUGCAGCUAUCAAGAGGAAAGGUGAUGGGUUGAAUGACUCCACAACUCCUUCUAAAAAACAAAGAUGUGAUGCAGAUGCUGAUACUUCAGUUGCCUCUAAAGAUGACAGCAAUGGGACUAUUCCAUCUGCUACCAAUGCUGAUGCUUCUCCUGAUGAGAAUGGCAUUGAGGAUUGUACUGGCUUACCUAGCCCAGCUGUCGUUGGCGCAACUGGGUAUUUACAGUGUGUAGGCACUUUGCCUGGCUUAGGGAACUACACAGAUUCUAGUGACUCAAUGGAAGACUCAACUACAGACUCUGACGAAGAGCCUGUGUCUCAAUGUGCUUCAGUUCGACACAAGACAAAGUCAAAGAAGGGUGGAGGUUGUGGAGGAGGAGGUUGCUGUUAGGAACAGACACUUGUACGUGAUUUUAGUUAUGUUAUUCCCAAUAUUAUGUGAUUGCCAUUUUAUUAAUGGUUUGCUUUUUUGUUUGUUGUAACAGAAUUGUCUUCAUGCUGCGUUGAAUUUACAUACCGGUGUUCCCCCAUGGAUUUUUUAAUUGCAUCAUACAUUACUGCUGUGAAGUGACUAUAUGAGUGAUAGUACCAUUAUUCAUCGGAUGAUAUUGAAUAAAUGUUAAUAAUUUCC